GGCGGGGACGCUUGCGGACGAAAGCCACUGCACCCCGCCACCCGCACUCCUCUACUGCCUUCUUUCUCGAUCUCUGUUUCCCAGAAAGGAAACUUGAAUUGUGGUGAUCGGACUCGUGCAUUUUGUUCACGUGAAGCUUCGCAAACGGAUACACGUUCGAGACAAUGUACUUGACACAAUUGUUGCUGUGCCACUUCGCAUAUUUAUUCCUCUCUCUGACCAGUGAGGUGUCUUCAAGUCCACACGAACUCGUAUCUUACCGUCAUUCUACGUGUUUUGACUGAUCUUUAUAAAAUGGAAAAUGGUUGUCGAUAUGGCUGAUCUGGCAGUGUACGUCCGCCGAGCUGUCAAGUACUAUGGUCGCGGCUCAAGGAAAGUCACCAUUUUGAGACAUCUCAACAUGAGUGUACCCAAAGGAACGAUCUACGGGCUGCUGGGCGCGAGCGGCUGCGGCAAGACGACGCUGCUGAGCUGCCUGGUGGGGCGGCGGCGCCUGGACGAGGGCGAGGUGUGCGUGCUGGGGACGGCGCCCGGCUCCCCACGCAGCUGCGUGCCCGGCCCGCGCGUCGGCUUCAUGCCGCAGGGCGACGAGGCACUUCGGCUAAAACCAACUUUACAACUGGCUGAGAUAGACCUACGGACCGACGAGGUGAUGGGUCCUCCCCCACAACGUAAAAGAACAAUUUCAUCGAGAGCGGAAAGCCCCGAGAAUCCACGAAAAUUGAAGGUCAUGGAAGCUGGGAUGGGCGAGUUGACGAAGGACCGAAAGGAAACUGCAUUAGUGGACGAAUUUACUGUCAAGGAGAUGAUUUUCUAUUUUGGAAGAGUAUUUGGAAUGAAAAUGGAAGACAUGGAGGCUCGUUUCGAGUUUUUAUAUCAGCUCCUGGAACUACCAGGCAAAGAUCGCUACAUUGAAACUCUCAGCGGCGGGCAGAAGCGGCGCGUGUCGUUCGCGGUGGCGCUGCUCAGCAAGCCGGAGCUGCUCAUCCUGGACGAGCCCACCGUCGGCCUCGACCCCGUGCUGCGCCAGGGAAUAUGGAAUUUUUUGAUGGAAAUUACUUCAACUCAUAAAGUCACAGUAAUCGUUACUACGCACUAUAUAGAAGAGGCUCGGGGAGCUCACACUGUUGGAUUGCUGAGGGAAGGCCAGCUUUUGGCUGAGAAGAGCCCUCAACAACUUCUAGUUCUCUACAACUGCCCAAGUCUAGAGGAUGUGUUCCUGAAAUUAUGCACCAAACAAGGAGAAUUUAUUUCUGCACCAGAUGUAUAUGAUGAAGACCAUUCAACAUUAUCUAUUGAAUCUAAAGAGGUGGAAGACAGACCAGAAAAUAUAAAGGUAUCUUCUCAAAACGAGACUUCAGAUUUCACUCUCUCGCCGUCUUCUGGGAAUAGAAUGAAAGCUCUUCUAAUUAAAAAUUAUAAACAAAUUUUGAGAAAUAAAGGUGGUUUAAUAUUCCUAAUUUUCUUUCCGAUCUUGCAAAUGUCUUUGUAUUUUGGAGCUGUUGGAGGAGACCCAGAAGGACUUCGUUUAGCAAUUGUGAAUGAAGAAUUUCCAAAUACAACCAACUGUUCAGAAUUUUAUAAAAUUCAACAAUUUCCAGACAACAUAUGUGGUCUUAAUGGAAUAAGUUGCAGAUUUUUAGAUAAAAUUAAUGAUUCUCUUGCAAUUAAGGACUUUUACGAUGACCAAGCAAGUGCUAUUGAAGCAGUAUCACAGGGGAAAGCAAUUGGAACAAUUCAUUUUAGUUCUAACUUCAGUCUCACUCUUCAGCGUAGAGAAGAACUAGGACGUCAUACACCUGAAUAUGAAAUAGAACAGGGCAAAAUUCAUAUUCGUUUAGACAUGACAGAUUACCAAAUUGGUACUCAUUUGAUAUCUGCUCUUAAGAAUAUUUACUAUGAAGUAACUGAUGAAAUAGUAGCUGCUUGCAACAGGAGUAGCAAACUGACACAUGUUCCUAUUUUAUUCAAUGACCCUAUUUAUGGUGACAGAAAUCCACAAUAUAUAUUUGGUCUAAUUCCUGGAAAUCUAUUAAUGAUAAUCUACUUUCUCUCAUCAGUCCUCACUUCAACAACUUUCAUUACUGAGAAGAUUUCUGGUGUUUGGGAUAGAAAUUUGGUGGCAGGCAUAACUACCUCAGAAAUCCUCUUCUCUCACCUAAUCUCACAAUUGACUAAUGUAUUUGUUCAAUGUGCAGCAUUAAUAGCAGUUAUCAUUAUAUUUGCUGUACCAUGUAGAGGAAAUUACAGUGAAAUAUUUUUCAUAGUAUACUUACAAGGAGUGGCUGGAAUGUGUUUUGGUCUCACAAUUUCUGUUUUGACACAAAAUGUGACAUUUGCCAAUUAUAUGUCAGUGGGAGCAUUUAUGCCUGCAUUCCUUUUGAGUGGUAAACAUUUAAUUAUUUUAAGUGUUCUUAAUGUGUGCAUCAUAUGGCCAAUUGAAGGAAUGCCCAUGGUUCUAAAAACUGUGAGUCUCCUUUUACCUUCUACCUUGCCAGCUUUAGCAAUGCGGUAUAUAAUGGAAAAAGGAUGGGACUUUCUGUAUUUUCCGGUUCAACUCGGAUACCUCGUGAACAUUAUUUGGAUUAUAGGUCAAUGCAUAUUCAGCACAGUGAUAUUAAAAAUUAAACAUAAUUGAGAUGUGUUAAUCCAAGUAAUGUGAUUAAUAAUAUUUUUAGUGAGACAUUAUUGUGUACUUCACUAUAAUGUAAAUAAUACUUGGAAGCCCUUUGUAAAUUUACUCAAUAGAGUAUAUCAGGGGCAACAUCAUAUCAUCAUAUGAGAUGUCAUCAAGGAGGCACAUCCAAUUCAACUCACAAGCCAAAGAAGCAAUGGCAAUUGCCAUGGCUAAAGUUAAAAGUCACUUGGAUUUUUAUUUUCCUGCAUGAAUUCACUAAAAGCGACUUUAAUUGCAGGUGAAAUAUUUAUGCUCAAGUUCAAUUCAGUUGAUAAGGCAAAAUUCCUUGAUACUGCUGUAAAUAUCUAUGAGGAGAUGCAUAUAAUACAAUAAUGUAUUCAUUCUUAUGAUAUAGAGUGAAAUGUUAUGUUUUUAUAAUAAAAAAUAUUUUAUAUUACA